AUUUCGCAGAUAUUUCUCGCAAAUACAUAACAGUGAACAUUUAAAUUAAUGCCCUUGUCAGUCGGUACGCACAUCAUUUCCUCUUUGCCAUUUCGCUGGCCGGGGUCAGUUGUCAAUUUGAAAAGUAGUGUAGGCGAAUGCCAAUGAAAGCGAAUGAAACCUUAGAAAUUAAUUUAUCACACUUUGCAGCACAUCACAAUCGUCGCGAUAACUCUGCCGUUUGUUUAUUGGUUUUUGCAGCGCGACGAGUAAAAUAUAAUUCCUCGCCAACUAAUCCACCAAGCAAGUUCACCUCCACUUCCAUCAAGCGCACCCAGAGAUGAGCUACUUUGGGUACUGACAUGGACUGCGGAGCAAUGAGUCCCAGUGGAACAUUAUCAAAGCCGAAGGUAGUGUGUUCAUAAUGCAAAGCCCAGCUAGCAAAUUGGUAGAAUUCAGGUGCCUGAUUGCGUUGGCAAUAUACUUGCACGCGCUGGAGCAAUCGAUCCAGCAGUGCCAUUGUGUUCAUGGUUACAGAAAUAACACGGAGAGCGCCGAGCUGGUCUCCCACUACGAGUCGAGUCUUUCGCUCCCCGACAUUCUGCCCAUUCCCUCCAAGACGUACGACAAGAACCGGGCUCCGAAGCUGCUCGGUCAGCCCACAGUAGUCUACUUCCAUGUCACGGUCCUCUCGCUGGACUCCAUCAACGAGGAGUCUAUGACCUAUGUGACGGACAUCUUCCUUGCACAAAGCUGGCGUGAUCCUCGCCUGCGGUUGCCUGAGAACAUGAGUGAGCAGUAUCGCAUACUGGAUGUCGACUGGUUGCAUAGCAUCUGGCGGCCCGAUUGCUUCUUCAAGAACGCCAAGAAAGUCACCUUCCAUGAGAUGAGCAUUCCCAAUCACUAUCUCUGGCUGUACCACGACAAAACGCUGCUCUAUAUGUCCAAACUCACGUUGGUCCUGUCGUGCGCCAUGAAGUUUGAGUCCUAUCCGCAUGACACGCAGAUCUGCUCCAUGAUGAUCGAGAGUUUAUCCCAUACGGUGGAAGAUUUGGUUUUCAUUUGGAACAUGACCGACCCACUUGUGGUUAAUACGGAGAUUGAGUUGCCGCAGCUAGACAUAUCAAAUAACUACACAACCGACUGUACCAUAGAGUACUCAACAGGUAACUUCACCUGCCUGGCCAUUGUGUUCAACUUGCGUCGACGUCUGGGAUACCAUUUGUUUCACACUUACAUUCCCUCGGCUCUGAUCGUGGUCAUGUCGUGGAUAUCGUUUUGGAUAAAACCAGAGGCGAUACCGGCCCGUGUAACUCUGGGAGUGACCUCACUGCUGACCUUGGCCACCCAGAACACACAGUCGCAGCAAUCGCUGCCGCCGGUUUCAUAUGUGAAGGCUAUAGACGUCUGGAUGUCGUCCUGUUCGGUGUUUGUAUUCCUUUCUCUAAUGGAGUUCGCGGUGGUCAAUAACUUUAUGGGGCCGGUGGCCACAAAGGCAAUGAAGGGGUAUUCGGAUGAGAACAUCAGUGACCUGGACGAUCUAAAGUCUGCACUACAGCAUCAUCGCGAAUCGAUUAUUGAGCCCCAGUACGACACUUUCUGCCAUGGCCAUGCCACAGCCAUUUAUAUAGACAAAUUCUCGCGCUUUUUCUUCCCGUUUUCGUUCUUUAUACUCAAUAUUGUCUACUGGACAACGUUCCUAUGAUGGAUGGAAAAGAUUCUCCGAAGGAAUAGAGCGUAAACAAUGAUAAUACCAAGCGCAUU